AUGACGGAUGAUAACAAAGAGAAGGACAAGGAUCGUCUACCCACCCCACACCCAGCUCUGAUUCUAGUCAAUGGUAAUAAACUGGAAGAGGACAAAGGAGACUUUUAUGAAGUGACAGGAAAGCACCUGGGCAUCAGGAGAGGCCAGCCUAAGAACUACUUUAACACAGGGAAAUGCCGCAAGCAGCUUCAGGGUUGCCGGCCACGCCCCGGGCACGCCCCCACGAGACGCCGCUCCCUCCUCCGCCCCACCCCACCCCAGCCCCAGCUCCCGCUCCCUCCGGCUGCAGCUGCCCUGCCGUCCCGCUCCUCCUCCCUCUCUCACCGGUGGCAGCAGCCGGAACAGGCCGGUCCGCGGGCCUCGAGGUGCCCUCUCCUUCCACGGCUGGAGAGAGCUCGGAUUGAGGCAUACCUCAGAAAUAUUGUGGGCUCAGUAACAGACCACUGCAGUAAAGCGAGUCACACAUUUUCCAGUUUCCCAGAAGCUGUGAAGAAUACCUUCAAGAAAACAAAGACAUUAGCCAAGAAAGAGGAAAGCAUGAUACCUAGGAGCAAAAGGAACAGAGAAGUCAACAUGAAAAGAAGUGAAGGGAAAAUCAGCAUGAGAGACACACUCAAAGCCCAGAAAGAGCCAAUCCAUACUGGGAAUGGGGAAAAAAAGGCAUAGGGGAGUGCCUCUAGAGGAGAAAAAAA